UCUUUCCAACGACUUUCAAAAUAUAUAUGCUUAGUCAUUGCAUUUUAGUAAAUAACAAAUCAUUUCAAUAAGGUUUUCGUCGCUACCCACCAUCCCCGUGUUAUCAUUUCAUUUCAUUACAAAACACAACUACACAUCAAUCAUCAUAUCGUAUCAUCUUUACAACAUCUCUCUAAGGUUUUAUUACAUCGAUCAAAGAUUUCAGUUUUCUUAUUUAUUUCAUUUCUGUGUUUCACAAAUAAAUAAAAAAUGGGAGGGUACAGAGCCGACGAUGACUAUGAUUACCUCUUUAAACUAGUCUUGAUCGGAGAUUCUGGCGUCGGAAAAACUAACCUCUUAUCUCGGUUCACUAGAAAUGAAUUCAGUAUCGAGUCAAAGUCAACCAUCGGUGUCGAAUUCGCUACGAAAAGCGUUCACGUCGACGAGAAAAUCAUCAAAGCUCAGCUUUGGGAUACCGCCGGUCAAGAAAGAUACAGAGCUAUCACGAGUGCAUAUUACAGAGGAGCAGUAGGGGCUCUUCUAGUAUACGACAUAACUCGACACAUAACAUUCGAGAACGUCGAACGAUGGCUCAAGGAGCUUCGAGACCAUACUGAUGCCAAUAUUGUGAUCAUGCUUGUUGGAAACAAAGCUGAUCUUCGUCACCUUCGUGCUGUUCCCAGAGAAGAAGCUAGAUCGUUUUCUGAAAGAGAGAACAUGUUCUUCAUGGAGACUUCUGCUCUUGAUGCUACAAAUGUUGAGCAAGCUUUCACUCAUGUCUUGACUCAGAUCUAUCGUGUUAUGAGCCGUAAGGCUCUUGAUGGUACUGGAGACCCAACGUAUUUGCCUAAAGGACAGAGUAUUGAUAUUGUAAGCAAGGAUGAUGUUACUGCUGUUAAAUCCUCUGGUUGUUGCUCAGGUUGAGAUUAUGGUUUAAGGUUGGUUUUGGUACACAAACCGCAUUUGUCUGGAAUUAAACAUCGGUCUGGUUAGUAAGGCCGUUUUAGUCUGAACGUAAACUGAACUGAACCGAAAUAUCGCGGUUAGAAUUCAGUUAUAGUUUUCUAGUACCGAACCUGAACCGAAAAACUUUGAAAUGUGUAUCCCUAAACAUGUUACUUAAAUUUGUACUAAUGAUUCUUUUUAUUUGCUUGGUAGUACUUUGUUUAGCAAUUGAGAUCUUGUUUUCUAUAUAGUUUUGUAUCUUUUGAUUAUGAGAUUUUGUUGCAAACAAA